UGCAUAAAGCGGUAUAUUAGUUUAAAUAUACAAACAAGUUACGAAAAUGUAAGUAAUCCAGUAUCCGGCGACGGCAUGCGAACGCCCACGCGAACGCCGAACGUAAACAAGGCGAGUCGGUUCAAAGCUCUUCACUCCCACAAUGAGUGUGACCCUACACACAGAUGUCGGUGACCUCAAGGUUGAGCUGUUCUGUGAACAGUGUCCAAAAACUUGUGAAAAUUUCUUGGCUCUGUGUGCGUCCAAUUACUAUGAUGGCUGCCUCUUUCAUCGCAACAUAAAGGGCUUCAUGAUCCAGACAGGUGAUCCAACAGGCACAGGCAAAGGUGGACAGUCAAUAUGGGGAAAGAAAUUUGAGGAUGAAGUGAGAGACGAUUUAAAGCACUCAACAAGAGGUAUUUUGUCUAUGGCAAACAGUGGACCAAACACCAAUGGCUCACAGUUCUUCAUUAACUAUUCACCUCAACCUCACUUGGAUUUAAAAUAUACUGUAUUUGGAAAGAUCAUCGAUGGGCUGGACGUGUUGGAUGAACUAGAAAAAUUACCUGUAAAUCCUAAAAACCAUAAGCCAACAACAGAAACAAGGAUAAAUAAUAUAACAAUUCAUGCAAAUCCCAUUGCAGGAUAGUGAAGUUUUAUGUGUUUGAUGAGAGAUAUUGGAAAUGAAAUUUUAUCAAUAAAUAUGGUCAAUCUUC